UCAAGCAUACGGACAAAAUCGCUAGUGCAACGUCCAAAGUCGCACCUACAUACAUAUACUUAAUACCUAAGCAUCCGAAAUACCAUUCCACAAACUCUCCAUCCAAUGCCCGCAUUCGAACCCAUCCCACGAACAAGCCAGGCGCGUCUUGACGCAUCGCUCCCCGACGCGCCACUCGACAUAGCAACGCUGCUAGCCCACCCCCCAACACCAACCUCGGAAAAGCCCAAAACAGUCCUGUACCUAGCCUACGGCUCCAACCUCUGCAAUGAAACCUUCCGCGGCGCGCGCGGCAUCCGGCCCCUCUCACAAACCAACGUCGUAGUCCCCUCGCUACGCCUAACCUUCGACCUACCCGGAAUCCCCUACAAAGAGCCGUGCUUCGCAAACACUGCACGGCGCACACUCGAAGCACAGGGAUACCAUAAAGAUGCGUGGCACAAGGGACUCGUGGGCGUGGUAUACGAGGUCACACUGUCAGACUACGCGCACAUAAUCGCUACAGAAGGUGGCGGAAGCUCCUACGCGGACAUACUCGUCGAUUGCCAUGUGUUGGAUCCGAAGGAGGAUACGGUUCCCACGUUGCCGACGUCGAAGCCGUUUAAAGCUCACACGCUGUUUGCGUCCCAAGAAGACAACGAACGCAUUGUGAGGCCGGAUCCUAGCUAUGCGCAGCCGUCGGCCAGGUAUCUCAAGCUGAUCACGGAUGGAGCGGUCGAGUGCGAGUUGCCGGGGGAGUAUCAGGAGUAUCUACACGGGAUACGGCCGUUUAGGAUUACGAGCAAGAAACAGGCGGUUGGCAAAGCGCUGUUUCUGGGGAUUUGGAUGCCGUUUGUGCUGUUCGUAUUUGCGCUGGGGAGUAAGUUUUCAGAUGAGAAGGGGCGCGCCCCCGGGUGGCUGGCGAAGCUGAGUGCGAUGGUGUUUGCGGGCAUGUGGACGAGUUAUGAUACAGUUUUCAAGCCUACGUUUGGUGAGGGAGAGAGGACGGUUGGGGACGAUGCGUUGGGAGAGGUGGAUCCAAAAAUAUGGGAAGCUCUUUCUACACGACAAGAUGCGGAAAAGGAAUGCUUGUUGGAAGAGUCUGUACAAACUAUGCAUACGAAUCGGCUGGCUGCACAAAGACCCUCGCUGGGGGGAUGAUGUGGCAUUGUGUUGAAGCUGCCCGCCUGGCACGAGAAACUGUUGGCAGAUUACAUUUCAGGGCAUGGAAAUUAGACAUUAUAGAAGCAACAAUGCAAGCCACCUGGCAAAACUAUGAGCAAGCAUG